UUGGCAGCAGCUGGAGGUGGCAACUCUCCCGGGCCAUGAGACUAGCACUGCGCUGGUGCCGGCUGUGUCGUCCGCCGACCAGAGGGGGCCGAGGCGGGGGAGGCAAAGGGUGGAUAAGCGGCAGGUGUUUGGAGCUGUGGAGCUACAGCAAACUGCUGCUCAAAUCACUGUACUUCAAUAGCCUCAAUAACUCGGACACCGUGCUGGACUGCGUGUUCGAGCCCGUCUACUGGAUCGUGGAUAAUGUCACUCGCUGGUUUGGAGUGGUGAGUGGGUGGAUUUUCCUUCCUCGCUUCUUUUCUCUCUUAACCCUCCACUCACCGUCUCUCCUCUCUCAGGUGUUCGUCUGUCUGGUCGUCCUGCUGACCACUUCAGUCGUGGUCAUCGUCUACCUGUUCGUGCUACCCACCAUCAUCAGCACUUACCCCGUGUAUUGGAUCGUGUGGCACAUCUGCUGCGGCCACUGGCUUCUGGUCAUGGUGGUCUUCCAUUACUACAAGGCCACCACCACCUCUCCAGGGCAUCCACCCAAGGACAAAGUUCAAAUACCUUCGGUGUCCAUCUGUAAGAAAUGUAUCACUCCAAAGCCGCCCAGGACGCACCACUGCAGCAUCUGCAACACGUGCGUUUUGAAGAUGGACCACCACUGUCCUUGGCUGAACAACUGCGUGGGCCACUUCAACCAUCGCUACUUCUUCUCCUUCUGCCUCUACAUGACGCUGGGCUGCGUCUACUGCAGCAUCAGCAGCAGGGCCUUGUUUGUGGAGGCCUACAGUGCUGUCGAGAGUUACUAUCAGACCCCUCCUCCACCCUACACCUCCACAGAGACAACCGCCCACAAGUGUAUCAUCUUUCUCUGGGUGCUGACCAGCUCGGUGGCUGUAGCUCUGGGAGGUUUGACCCUGUGGCACACCAUUCUGAUCAGCAGAGGAGAGACCAGCGUGGAGCGCCACAUCAACCACAAAGAGACCAGAAGGUUAAAGGAGAAGGGAAAGGCGUUCAGAAAUCCGUUUCACCACGGUCAUAUCAACAACUGGAAGUUACUGUUUGGUGUGGAGAAAAGGAGUCAAUGGUUCACGCGGGUCCUCCUGCCCUCCAGCCACCUUCCCAACGGGGACGGCAUCAUAUGGGACUGCACCUACAUCAGAAGAGACCCCAUGGCCAUCUGACCCUCACCCUACUAACUCUCAACCAUAUCAAGAACCUUUUAACCUGCAUUGUCACUACAAGCAACGUGGCUGAUGUGUUGCACUGUUGUGACCAGCGAGGGACUACAAGGGUCUAUCGUGGUCCGCCACU